AUGGAAGGUACAAGAAAAUCUCUCAGCGAUGACUUCAACACUCAACCUGUGGACGGCGAUAGUUCUGGUCCAACGUCCAGCAGUUCAUCAUCCUCUUCGGCUGUGAGACAUGCUUAUGCCAUAUUGGAGUCGCUGAUGGAGCCCGUACCUAGAAUAGAACUUCGUGAAGAAACUUUCAUUUGUGGGCGCGGAGUCUCUGUUCAAGUCCAUUAUGAUUUUGGAGUGCUCAGUAACAAACCACGGAUAUACAACUUCAUUAGCAGACAACAAUUCCGCCUAGAUAGGAAAUGUGGGCGUACUAUACUAACUGAUCUCUCUUUCAAUGGUACUUACGUGAAUAAAACCUUAGUUGGUAAAACAUCCACUCGGGAUUUGGUUAAUGGAGACGUAAUCAGUUGUGGACGCUCUGAUACAUUUAUAUUCGUGUAUAAAGAACGCUCUGAUGAUAUCUAUCCUGCAGCACUGACAGAAAAAUAUAUCAUGACCGAUAUCUCUCUUGGUAAAGGAGGUUACGGUGUGGUUCUGCUGGGAAAACUGCGUCGCAAUUGCUCAGAGGUAGCUGUGAAGAUUGUUGAUAUCGCACAAUUAUCGCGCCGGUUCAGUCGGAUCAUUUCCAAAGCCAUCGAUGUGGAGAAGGAGGUGAACAUCAUGCUGCAAAUCUCUCAUCCAAACUGCGUUCAGUUCAUGGAUUGGAUUGAAACUGACAAGACUGCAUACAUCGUUAUGGAAAAGGUUGGUGGCGGCGAACUCUUCGACAGAAUCGUUGAUCCAAAAUGGAAUGGAAUGGGUUUUGGUGAGGAUCUGUGCAAAUUUUAUGCGUGGCAGCUCUUGAGUGCUGUGGAGUAUCUCCACGAGCGCAGCAUUACACAUCGCGAUAUCAAACCAGAAAAUAUACUUUGCAUGACAAAAGACGACUACACUAUCGUCAAGCUGGCUGAUUUUGGCCUCGCUAAGGACGCAGAUGCCUCAACCAUGAAAACAUACUGUGGUACGCCUAAUUACAUGGCUCCGGAGAUGAUGGAUAAUGAGAAGAUUCCUUAUAAUCCAAGAGUUGACAUGUGGAGCCUGGGUGUAGUGCUUUUUACCGGUAUUUCUGGCUACCCUCCAUUCAGUGAUGACUAUCAGGACAUGGAUCUGAGGUCACAGAUAAAGAAAGGUCGACUCAUAUUUCAUAAUCAAUGGAAAUACGUGACUUUGGAAACACAGCACGUCAUCAAAAUGAUGCUGAGAGUUGAUCCCAUACUGCGAGUGUCUGCAAGUGACGCUCUGAAAAAGUCAUGGUUACAAAACAGCGAACCUGUCUCGAAAGCGAAGGCGAUCGUAGCGAAAUUUGUACAAGAACGGAAGGAUUUGGACAAUACAGACGGUGAAAUUUUCACGGAAGUGCAGUCUUGACAAAUUUGUCUCCAUUUUCAUCACCUCGCCUUUAUCGUAACUCUGCUUAUUUUUGUAAUAUAUUAUUUGUUGUGGUCCCAUCUUUUUCAUCAUGUUAAUCGCUGUACACAUUCGUUCCGAAACUUGAAGUCUUUCUGUGUCAUUCUCGGUGCUCAUCUGUUUAUGAAUAUCACUCGGUGAAUUUAGAAGCUCGACCAGACUCUUUACCAUUGUUCAUACAUGUUUACCCUCAUGAAUUUCUUAUGCAUUGAUUUUCCAGAAAAACCCUUUAUCAUCUUUCCAUCAAAAGUUUACCUCGAAGUUUUGAUCUUUCGCAUAUGCAGGUAUUAGAUGAUGAAGUUUAUUCUCAUGAAGCUCUCAGCAAUGCCAUCUUCUAUUUUCAUCAAAAUUGCUAUUAAUAAUGUCUGUCAUAUUACUCGCCUUGAUUUUUGUCUUCUGAAGACGUUAGUAAUA